GACUUACCUUGUCUCAGAUGAGACUUUGGACUUUGGACUUUUGUGUUAAUGCUGGAAGGAGUUAUUUCAGACAGCUUAAGAACCAUUGCUGGGGAGUUAGUGGACUCAUUUGGAGGUGAUCACGUACGGAUUAAGGACUGGAAUGUAGCCCCCCUGAAGCCAUGGUGGAAAGGACCCCAGACCAUAAUCCUGCCCACUCCCACAGCUAUGAAGGUGGAAAGAAUCCCAGCUUGGCUCCACCACAGCCACAUAAAAGUUGCAGCAGCUGAGACUUGGGAGGUGGAAUUGGAUCCGGACAACGCCUGUAAAGUGAUCCUGUGGAAGACGGCAAGCCUUGCGUCAGCCACACCCUGGAAGCUGGCUGGUCUACACAGGAAGCACGGGGAAAUUCAUCAUGGGACUCAUUCUCUUUCUAAUUUGGACUGAUGCAAUAAGGACUUUAAGUGACUUUGAGGACUGUUUUCAGUGUAUACAUCAAGUUACUGAGAUAGGACAGAAGGUCACUGCAAUUCUCUUGUCCUAUAGCUAUUAUGGAUAUACAGGAACUCAAAAGUGGACUUGUUUGUAUAAUGGCAUGUACAAGGUGUAUAGUUCAGGGAUGGGUAGCCUACUGUCUGCUAUGACCCCUUUGAACUUGCCCCCCCCAAUGUCUACUGUUUUUGAAAUAAGGCUCAGGACAGGCUUUUGGGGUGACCCAAACAAGGUAAUAGCUAGGACAGAGGAAAAAGGAAUUCCCAAGCAAAUCACCCUGAACUUCGAUGGUGUGAAAACAAAUAUCUGCCAAGAAAUGUACUGGUGUCAGGAAGGUACCUACUGCUCAUGUAUAGUUUCUUGGAAAAGAAUGAGAAUGACCCCGUCCUUCUUUGGAAGGGAGAGAAAUAAUCCCUCCUGGACACUGUAAUCCAUUAGGACUAAUAAUUACUAAUCCCUUAAACCCCUGUUGGAAAACAGGGAAGCAGGUUACCUUAGGGAUUGAUGAGACUGGACUCAACCCACAGGCUGAGAUUCUAAUUCAAGGGGAAGUCCAAGGUGCCUCACCAAACCAGUAUACCAAACUUUUUAUGAUGAGUUAGGAGAGCCAGUACCAGAACUCCUGAAUAAGACAAAGAAUUUGUUCCUUCAAGCAGUUGAAAAUGUAGCCCAUUCUCUUAAUGUCACCUCUUGUUAUAUAUGUGGGGGAACUACCAUAGGAGACCGAUGGCCCUGGGAGGCCGGAGAGCUGGUGCCUUCCGAUCCUGCUCCUAACAUAACCCAGUUCAGAGCAUCCAGACUGACAACUUCUGGGUCCUAAAGACCUCAAUCAUUGGACAGUACUGCUUGGCUAGAGAAGGGAAUGACGUCACCGUCCCUGUAGGAAAACUUGGUUGUCUAGGACAAAGGCUGUACACUGAGACGGCAAGAGCAGUUACCUGGUGGGGUUCAAACCACACCGAAAAGAACCCACUCCAGAAAUUCCCCAAGUUGCAAGCUGCAAGGGCCCAUCCUGAAUUCUGUCGAGAUUGGAUGGCUCCUGCUAGACUGUACUGGAUAUGUGGGCAUAGAGCCUAUGCCAAGUUACCUGACAGAUGUACAGGCAGCUGCGUCAUUGGCACCAUUAAGACAUCCUUCUUCCUGUUGCUGGUGAAGACAGGUGAAUUAUUAGGCUACCCUGCAUAGAGGCUUCCCAAGAAAUGAGGAGCCUGGCCAUAGGUAAUUAGAAGGAUGACGAGUGGCCCCCUGAAAGAAUCAACAGUACUAUGGGCCUGCCACAUGGGCACAAGAUGACUCCUGGGGCUAUCGGACCCCCAUUUACAUACUUAAUUGGAUCAUCCAAUUGCAGGUUGUCUUAGAAAUAAUCACUAACGAAACUGGCAAAGCCUUGACUCUUUUAGCCCGGCAAGAGACCCAAAUGAGAAGAGGUCAUCUGUUCUGAUAGAUGGCAUUUCUCAUUUGGGUAGUGCUGGUAGCUGAAGGAAUGGUUUGUGGAAAGUUCAAUCUGACAAACUACUGUCUGCAUAUAGACAAGCAGGGUCAGGUAGUUGAAAACAUCGCAAGAGAUGCAUCAAAACUGGCACGCGUGCCUCUGCAGGUUUGGCAUGGGUCUGAUCCAGAAUCUAUAUUUGGGAAAUGGUUCCCAGCUUUAGCAAGAUUUAAAAUAGCACACCCUCAUCAUAGGUGUACUAUUGAUAACAGUACUUGCUUACUACUCCCCUGCUUGCUACCCUUGCUUCUCUAAAUGAUUAGACGGUUUGUUACCACUGUAGUUCACCAGAAGACUUCAUUGCAAGUAUACUACUUGAAUCACUAUCGACCGGUCUCACAGAACGACCUAGAAUGUGAAGGUCAGGAUGAGAAUUCCCACUAGUAAGUAAGUGAGGUUCUCAAAGGGAGGAAAUAAGAGAAGAGAUCCCUCUUUCCUGUCUCUUGUCUCAAAGGAGGAGGAAGUAAAAGUUGAGACAUAGCAGCGAUGAGGUCAGUGGCAAGGUCAGCUGGUGCUACUGACCUGGCCAGGAGGUUAAAGAUUAAACCCCCCACCCUUAAUUGCACUCCUAUCUAUAGAACACGGUGUAAUAUGGAGAAACACCCUCUGGAAAGCAUUGUUCUUGCUCAAUCUACUUAUCCAUCAUGACCCUCUCACAUGUACUUUCUAGGACUGUAAGCCUUUAAAAGGGCUAGGAUUUUCUUUGUUGGGGAGCUCGGUUCUUGAAACUCAAGUCUGUUGAUACUCCCAGCCAAAUAAAGCCACUUCCUUCUUCAAAUCUGGUGUCCUGGAGA